AUGGCCGCCUCGACAAACACAGACACAGACACAAGCAUGACCCAGCCGGCCAUGCUCCAGCUCACCCCGCACGAGGAGUACAACCUCGCGACGCUGCCCGCCAUCGACGCCCUGCACCUCCUCAGCGCCAAUCUCGAGACCCUCGUCCGCAUCACAGGCGACGUGCCCCCCACGCCGCCGCCGCGCACGCCCACCGACCCCCAGAUGACCGGACUCCAGGCUGAGAAGGACAGCAUCGCGCGGUCGAGUCCCUCGCGCACCGCGACCCCCGAUCGUGUGCCCCUCGCCCAGCAACACCCAGAGGCAGCACCCAACCUCAGCCGCGCCCAGGCCGCAAGCCAGGCCAUGAUACAGCAGACCACCGCCGCCCCCGUCGAAGUCGACGGCGUGCGCCUCAAGAUCCCGGCGUCCCCCUCCUUCGCCGCCCUCGAGUACCCGGCCGUCAUCACGGCGGACGAGCAGUCGGUGCUCAACGCGCAGCACGGCGCCAUCACGCGCAAGUUCUACAGCAAGCUCGAGCCCCCGAUCAGCAUCGCCGAGUACCUCGCGCGCCUGCACCGGUUCUGCCCCAUGAGCACGGCUGUCUACCUGGCCGCGUCGCUCUACAUCUACACCCUGGCCAUUGACCAGCGCGCCAUCCCCGUGACCCGCAAGAAUGUGCACCGCCUCGUGCUCGCGGCGCUGCGCAUCGCAACCAAGGCCCUCGAGGAUCUGCCCUAUCUGCACCGCAAGAUUGCCCGCGUCGGUGGCGUCAGUGAGUCCGAGCUGGCGCGGCUCGAGAUCAGCUUCUGCUUCCUGGCUGGCUUUGAGCUCGUUAUGAAAGAGGAGCGGCUGCGGGAGCACUGGAUAGCCCUGCGGAGCGGCCGGAUCGGCGCCGGCCUGGUCGCGGACGUGCCGCCUCUGCUCAAGCCGAGGAGACCGCGGAGCAUGUCGGCGACAGAGGUGGAGGCAUAG